GUCGGCUACAACCGUGUAAACAUAUGUACAUCUACCUAACGUAAUAAACGACGUAUUCACAUUCCACGACCAACACCACAUUAACUAAGUGCAAAUUGCAGUAAUAUACAUUAUAAUACUCACUAUAUACACAUAGGUACGUAGCACGCUGGACGCAAGACGUAUCUACUGUUUUACGCGGCUCGUACGCGUAGUACGUUGUGGAGUACAUAAUAUUAUUAUUGGCGUUGUUGUCGUCGUUUAACAAUUAAUAAUUUAUAAUUAGACGUUUCGCAUUGUAACCGAUAGGUGACCACCGAUUUUUCCAUCUCGAACGAUAAUUUUAUCUUCCAUAGUAUACGGUUUUCUUCGAGUCCGGCGUUUGCUCGUUAGGUUUGUUUUUUAUUCACCGCAAUACAAUAUUAGCAGUAAUUUCGUCGUCGGCGAAUACAACCAUGGAGGCGACGAGGUCCUGGUUAACAUUAUGUUUAUGUUUCGUUUUGGGUACGACAGGAACGGGCAUAUUGUGUAAUCCAUUAGUCGAAAAAAGACAAACUGAAUCGUGUAAAGUAGACAUGUUCAGCUGUACAAAUGGGGAGUGCAUUGAUUCGUUAUCAAUUUGUGACGGAUUUGCAGAUUGUUCAGAUAAGUCAGAUGAGACUCAAAGUUUAUGUGCUCCAAAAUUUAAAACAUGUCCGAGUUCUGCGUUUCGCUGUAAUUACGGUGCUUGUGUAGCUAAAAGUGCUAAAUGUAAUGGUAAAGACGACUGUGUCGAUGGUUCAGAUGAAAAAUUAUCUGAAUGUAAAAAACUUCCAUUAGAAAUUCCUUCAAAUCCUACACAGACACAACAAACUCAAGUAAACAGUCAGUCUAAAUGUAUACUUCGAGACGAGUAUAGCUGUAAAUCUGGCCAAUGUAUAGAUAUAACAUCCAUUUGUGAUGGAAUUGUAGAUUGCAAUGAUAAAUCUGAUGAAACGUUGGAAUUGUGUAAAUCAAGGGUGUGUCCAAAGAAUACUUUCACGUGUAAAUAUGGUGCCUGUAUAAAUAAACAGAGAAAAUGCGAUGGUUCGCUACACUGUGCUGAUGGUUCCGAUGAAGCCGGCUGUAAUUCUACCGAAGAUCGCAUAACUUCGACUUUGGCUACUCCAACCACACAAACCGCAUUGAUACACUCACCACCGCAAUAUUCUUAUCAAACUAAUAAACCACCGACUGAUUCAUAUCAAACUAGUAAACCACAGACUGAUUCUUUUCAAACUAGUAAACCACCAAAACAGACUAAUAAAAAUGGGGUAUGUAUGAUACCAAAUAUGGAGGGAACCGUGUAUUCUUUAAUCAAUACUGUACCAAUUGAAGUACUACCGCCUGGGACUUAUGUCGAUUACAAUACCGCUGUUGAGGAGAACUGUAGUGAAGGAUAUUAUAAAACUAUUCCUGAUAGACUUAUGAUUUGCUCAAAAAAUGGAAAUUGGUAUCCAAAGGUUGAUAAAAUAUGUUUGAAAAGAUGUCCACCUAUGUUUUCGGACAGUUUAGACAUCGAGUGUGUUUAUAAUGGUAAAAAAGAAAGUUGUUCAAGCCCAUCAAUACCGGGUACUCUAUUAUCUCCAAAAUGUAAGGUCACACAUACUGUGCCAAAUGGACAAAUAGAGACACCAAUCAAAUUACGUUGUCUACCAGAUGGGAAUUGGAGUGAUCGGCUUUAUACAUGUAUUCCAUAUUGUGGCCGACCAUAUAUUUCAAGCCAACCAUUGAUUUUAGAAGGUGUUGUAUCUGCAUAUGGAUCAACACCUUGGAAUGUUGGAAUAUAUCAAAAAAACAAAAAUAAUUUUAACUUGAUAUGCGGAGGAACACUUAUUGCUCCAAAUUUAGUUGUAUCUGCGGCUCAUUGUUUUUGGAGUGAAGGGUUGGCAAGUAGAAUAUUAAUAAAUGAUGGUAAAUUUAAAAUUUCUGUUGGAAAGUAUAAGAGUGACAUUUCAAUUAAAGACAAUGAAUUUACUCAGAUUGUUGAUGUGGGAUUUAUUUACUUGAAGGAAGAUUAUUAUGGUCGUUCCGGAUAUCAUGCUAAUGAUAUAGCCAUUAUUGUAUUACCAAUCAAAGUUAACAUAAGCAAUGUAGUCUCGCCUGUUUGUGUAGACUGGACUAAAAAACAUUCCAAUAUUGCAAAUGGAGCUAUGGGAAAAGUCGUUGGCUGGGGAAAAACUGAAAAAAUGGUAGAAAGUUCAGUUUUAUUAGAAGCUAACCUACCAUAUAUAAACCAACAUACAUGUCGAGAUAUGUAUCAAAACGGAUUUCAAAACUUCAUUAGUAUCGAUAAAUUCUGUGCCGGCAAUAAAACCGGACAAGGAGUUCAUCAAGGUGAUAGCGGUGCUGGAUUAACCUUUGUAUAUUCCUCUUUACAUUUUUUAACCGGAAUUGUGAGUGUAAAGGAUCCAACUACAAAUGACUCAAUUGCAGUUUUUACAGAUGUUAAUCACCAUAUUGGAUGGAUUCGUGAGAUUUUUAAUAAUUAUACAUAUGCGAGUGACAAUUUUUCUAGAGCUAUUGGAUAUUUAUAUUGUAUCGUACGUUUACUGUUGACGACCAUGAAAACUUCGUUCUACUGCAAGUUAAUGUAUUUUUGUUUCAUCUUUGAAACGAGUAUUUUGUGUGAUACAAAACUCGAAAAACGAUCAACAGUAUUUUUUUGCCCUGGUGUAACGGAAUAUGGGUGUGAAUCUGGCCAGUGCGUUGAUGUCUCAAAAACUUGUAAUGGAAUACGAGAUUGCAGUGAUGGAUCUGAUGAAACUUUACUUUUGUGUGAAAUGGUCCUGUGUCCACAGGAUACAUUCAAGUGCAAGUAUGGCGCUUGUAUCAGUAAAAAGUAUAUAUGUGACGGCUCCAAACAGUGUGCUGAUGGUUCAGAUGAACAAUAUUGUUCCAAUUCAACUUCAAUAUCAACAUUUACGAGUGAAAUAUCUAAAAAAAACGACCCAGGAAAACCAAUAAAGCAGUCUCACAUUAAGAAAACUUGCGUGAUACCGACAAUUGAGGGCACAAAAUAUUUCAAUAAAAAUGGGAAACAAAAUGUUUCUCUGCCUCAUGGUACUGCAGUUGAACAAUAUACCAUAGUUGAGGAGGACUGCGAAGAUGGGUAUUACAAAGUUGUUCCUGAAAGAUUUAUGGUAUGCUCGGAAUCUGGACAAUGGAGACCAUUCGUAACUGAGGAAUUAUGUUUAAAAAUGUGUCCACCUAUAACAUCAGCUACUUUAGAUUUUAAAUGUAUCUUUGAGGAUAAAUAUAUUAGUUGCUUAAAUGCAGCACCUGGCACUAUAUUGUAUCAAACGUGUAAAGCCAAUUUUAAAUCAGCAAUAAGCGAAGAAGAACAACUUUCAAUUCAAUUACAUUGCACGGAAGAUGGAACAUGGAGCAAUGAUAAUCUAUAUACGUGUAUUCCAACUUGUGGUCAAAUAAAAUAUAAUGGAACAGUGCCUUGGAGUGUUGGAUUAUAUCGAAAAAAUUACGGUCACUAUGAUGAGUAUUAUGAAUUAAUAUGUGGAGGAACAUUAAUUGCGCCGAAUUUAGUUGUUACUGCUGCUCGAUGUAUUUGGGAAAAAGAGAGUACGUAUGGAACAUUGACGAAUGAAAAUAUUUAUAAAGUUGCCGUUGGAAAGUAUACUAGUGAUAUUUCGAUAAAAGACAAUGAUUUUACUCAGAUUAUUGAUGUGGAUUUAAUUUUUUUAAAAGAGAGUUAUAAUGGUUCUUCUGGGUAUAAUACCGAUGAUUUAGCUAUUAUCACGUUAAACAAACAUGUCACAAUCAGCGACUUUGUUAUGCCAGUUUGUAUCGAUUGGUCCGAACACUCCGAACAACAUACUGUUCCGAACGGAUCUAACGGAAAGGUUGUCGGCUGGGGAAAAACGGAAAUAAAAGCCAAUGUGUCAUAUAUUGAGAAAAAUACUUGUCGUGAUAUGUAUGCUAAAGAAUUUCAAUCGUUGGUGACUGCUGAUAAAUUUUGCGCCGUUUCUCCAUUAGGACAAAAUAUUACUGAAAUAUUCAUUGGUUCGGGCUUUACGUAUGAACGUGAUACUUUUAACUUUUUAACCGGAAUAGUGAGUGUCAUGGAUAAAAACACAAAUGAUUUAUUUGCUGUUUUCACGGAUGUCAGUUACCAUAUUCAAUGGAUUGGCCAAUUCACGAAAGACGUCACUAAUGCAAGUGAAUACAUCUUAUUAUAGUACGAUGAUGUAUUCAUUGUUCAUUCUACACCUAACAAGUUUUUAUUUAAAAACUAUAUUGUCAAAGACUUGUGUUAAACCUAUAUUGUAUUGAAAAUUAUACACAACAAAUUGUUUAUAAAGUUUAUAACAUUAUUAAGAUUAAGAGUCAACAACAAGACGCAUAUUAUAAUAUUUAAAUACAUAGUUUGAAAUAUACGAUAAUAGCAGUUAGCUGAUUUUCAAGUGCUAAAAUGUUAC